AUGAAACACUUGUCAUUGAUUGCCACAACUAUUUCCUGUAUUGGUGGUUUCUUAUUUGGUUAUGAUAUUGGUGUCAUCUCGGGUGUGCUAGCCAUGCCAACAUUUCCACCCUAUUUUGGGAUGCAAGGUGAUCCAGCGACAGUAGCUACAAUGAAAGGAAAUAUUGUAUCCUUAUUACAAGCUGGCUGUUGUGCUGGAGCAUUAUUAGUAAAUUUCCUUGCUGAUCCUCUCGGACGUCGAUGGACCAUUGUCUUGAGUUCGUUCGUGUUCAUCAUUGGCUCUAUUCUACAAGUGGCAGCACAAAAUCUUGAAACUAUGUUAGCUGGUCGUUUCUUUGGUGGCAUGGGCAUUGGUGCAUGCUCUAUGCUUGUUCCAAUGUAUGUUGCAGAGAUUGCGCCUCGUAAAUUAAGAGGCCGAUUAGGUACUCUAUGGCAAUUUCUUAUUGUCAUUGGUAUCAUGUUGUCUUACUGGGUUGACUAUGGAUGCUUGCGCCAUAUCCCUGUAAGCAAUACACAAUGGAGAGUACCGCUUGGUAUACAAAUCGCCCCAGGAGGUAUUCUUUGUAUUGGUAUGGUCUUCUUACCCGAAUCACUCAGAUGGCUCGCCCAGCAUGGACGUACAGAUGAUGUAUUAAAGAAUUUAUGCAGAUUACGUGAUUUACCUGCCGAUCAUCCCGAGAUUCUACAAGAAUUAAAAGAAAUUGAAGAUGCGGCUGAACUAGACAGGCAAGCAAAAUCAGGCAAAUGGACUGAAUUGUUUCAACGCGAAAAUCUCCAUCGUUUAUUUAUUGGCAUCAUGCUUCAAAUUUUCCAGCAAUGGACAGGCAGUAACGCGAUUAACUAUUACGGGCCCGACAUCUUCAAAUCAAUUGGCCUUGAUAGCAAUGAAACUGAAAUUUUAGCUACAGGUGUCUAUGGUGCUGUAAAAGUAGCCUUUGUAUUUGUCACCUUCUUCUUUGUUGAUACCCGACUUGGCCGUAGACAUACACUCAUGAUGGGUUCUGUCAUCAUGAUGGUCUCUUUCUUUGUCCUUGGUGGUGCUGUCGUUGGCGCAAAGGGCUAUAUUGCAAUGGUUUGCAUCUAUAUAUUUGCUAUAGGUUAUGAAUGCUCUUGGGGACCUAUUGUCUGGAUUGUCUGCUCAGAGAUAUACCCUACACGACUUCGUGCCAUUUCUCUCUCUAUCACGACUGCAUUUAACUGGGCCAUGAACGCCACACUAGCUAAAGUGACACCCAUCAUGAUGACCAAUAUCACAUACGGCACAUAUUUCUUUUUUGGCGCUAUGGCCGUUAUUAUGGGUGUAUUUGCCUAUGUGUUCUUACCAGAAACACGAGGAAGGUCACUUGAAGAAAUAGAUGCAGUAAGAAGAAAAAAAAGAUAA